AUGUCAGAUUACAGGUAUUUUCAGAGUAGGGCAAUUCUUGCACCCACGCUUGAGAGUGUCGAGAAGGUAAACGAUUUUGUCUUGACAAUCUUUCCAUGGAUGGAAAAGGAGUAUUUGAGCUCUGACACAACAUGUCAAGCUGAUGAGAAUGAAGAUGUAAAACAAGAGUGGUUCACAUCAGAGUUUCUAAAUGACAUCAAAUGUUCGGGACUACUCAAUCACAAGUUGACUUUGAAGCCAGGAGUCGCUGUAAUGCUGUUGCGAAACAUAGACCAGACUUCAGGUUUAUGCAACGGGACAAGAUUAAUAGUUAACAAACUUGGCAGCAACGUAAUUGGAGUGACGGUAGUGACCGGUAGAAAUAUUGGAGAUAAAGUGUACAUUCCAAGAAUGAACUUGAUCCCUUCAGAUUCAGGAUUGCCAUUUAAGUUCUAA